CGGCUCCCCUGCCCCCGCCUCCGGGUCCUCGCCCAGCCGCCCGCGCUGGUGAUAGGACGAGUCCCGGGCGUGCAUUGUGUGUAUGCAAAGCAUCGCUCGGCUCCCGGGGCAGCUUGAUCGGGGCCCGGGCACGGCUGAGGAUGGCGCUGCGGUGAAUGCUGCAGCUGCGGGUGCUGCCACCCGAGCCUGAGCCCAGCGCUGUCAUGCUCCUGCCGCGGGGCGGGCUGCAACGUCGUCCCGUCGCUAUAUAAGCGCGAACAGAGGGGGCACCCGGAGGGGCUGAAGAUGAAGGUGCCCGCGCAUGGGCCGCCGCUGAUUGCCAACCCCUCCCGAGCUCGCUCCCGGCGCGGAGCCCGAGGCCGCCGAGGACCCGCCUUCGCCGCAGUAGCAGCUGGAGCAGCGACGCGGACGGCAGCUGCUGCGACGGUGGCGGUGGCGCCCAUCGCGCCAGCGCAGAGAGCGGCGGCGGCGACUCCGGGGCCGCCGCUGGCCCCGCUGCCAUGAGUUGUGCGGAGGUGAUGUAUCACCCCCAGCCUUAUGGAGCGCCCCAGUAUCUGCCCAAUCCCGUGGCAGCUGCAACCUGCCCUACAGCCUGCUAUCACCCGGCGCCCCAACCUGGCCAGCAGAAGUUAGCGGUAUACAGCAAGAUGCAGGACUCUCUGGAAGUCACGCUUCCCAGCAAACAAGAGGAGGAGGAUGAGGAGGAGGAUGAGGAGGAGGAGGAGGAGAAAGACCAGCCUGCCGAGAUGGAGUACCUUAACUCUCGCUGUGUCCUUUUCACUUAUUUCCAGGGAGACAUUGGGUCAGUAGUGGAUGAACACUUCUCAAGAGCUUUGGGCCAAGCCAGCACCUUGCAUCCUGAAUCUGCCAUUUCAAAAAGCAAGACGGGGCUAACGCCCCUAUGGCGAGACAGCUCAGCUCUCUCAAGCCAGCGGAGUAAUUUCCCAACUUCCUUUUGGACCAGCUCUUACCAGCCCCCGCCUGCACCCUGUUUGGGGGGAGUUCAUCCUGACUUCCAAGUCACUGCACCCCAUGGCACCUUUACAACAGCAGACCCCAACUCUUGGCCAGGACACGGUCUACAUCAGACUGGCCCUGCCCCACCCCCUACUGUGUCUGAGUCUUGGCACUAUCCUCUGGCAUCUCAGGUGAGCCCGUCCUACAGCCACAUGCAUGACAUGUACAUGCGGCAUCACCACCCUCACGCCCACAUGCACCACCGCCACCACCACCACCACCACCAUCCAGCUGCUGGCUCUGCCUUGGAUCCUGCAUACGGGCCCCUGCUAAUGCCGUCAGUACGUGCCGCCAGGAUUCCUGCUCCACAGUGUGACAUCACAAAGACAGAUCCGACUACAGUCACCACUGCUACCUCAGCAUGGGCCGGAGCCUUUCAUGGGACCGUGGACAUCGUGCCGAGUGUGGGCUUUGACACAGGUCUCCAACAUCAGGACAAGAGCAAAGAAUCAGCUUGGUACUGAAGAAUGGUAUUAGUAUGUCAUAUGGCAGCCUGAAUCCAUGGGCCCGCUGGGAAACGAUGCCAUUGGGAUUUCCAGUCCAACAAUGGGACAUGGAAAAUGGAUGGAGAAGAGGAAAUAUAAGGCCAUUGACUUUAGCUAUGAACCUUUUCUGGAGAAAGCAAAGUGGGUCCUAGUCAUGGAAGAAAAGCCUUUAUUUGUUUUCCCUCAUCUGAGCCUUUGCCAGCUGUGCAAUGUGUCAUUUUAUUUGCCUUUUACAAGGACCUCGGUUAGGUUUUGUUUGUUUCUUCUUCUUCCUUUUUUUUUUUUUUUUCUUUUUAAACCAGCCAACUUGUCAGGAGAAGAUGAGUCAACAAAUGAAAAUGCUCAUUCCUUCAGGAAAACCGUUUUGUAGCUCUAUCUUCGUCUAUUUUUGUAGAAAUUACAGAAAGUUUGGUAUAGCACGGAGGGGAUAUUUUUGAGGGAUGUAUUUUUUUUUUAACAUUGUAACAUGGUUGAGUUCUGUUUAAAGAACUUGCUCUCAGAAAAGCACUGGCCAAAGUGUUUAAGCGCUAGUCUUUAAAGUGUCCCCGAUGCGCUGUGUCUGUGCUUCCGAGGGUACCCCGAGGAUUUCACACUUCAUUCUUCCUACAGCAGUGGCAUUCCCACAGACAAACGUGGCAGCAUUGUGUUUAUAUCGAAUCGCAGUGAAGAUUUAAUUCUAUGAGAGUUCCCUUUGUUUGAAGUUAUAUAUGAGCAGUUUGAAAGGUACACUUUCUUUUAAAGGGUCACAAAAUAAAGGGUAUUUCAUUACUUUGAUUUUCUUCCAAAGAAACAGAGCAAGGACUAACUUUGUUGACUUUGAGGUUGACUAAUAAGAAAAUUUAGGUUCGUGAACAAUAAAUGGUUCUCUUUAUAGUCCAUCCAAUAUUAAGAAUUAGGAAUAGAGCUUAUGUGCAACUUCAGAAAGGGGGGGAAAUCCCUGCAUUUAGCCAUGAUACCUGUGGAUACUAUUGACUAAUUUUCUUAGUUUCUAACCAUUCAUUCAUGGCAGUUUCAAAAGUCAUAACUUGAAUGAUUUUAUUUUCUGUAGUGAAUUCAAAUGAGUAGUAUUAGGAAAGGAAGCAGACACAACCAAGAGCUGACUGUCCCUCAUCAUUAGAAAGUGAAAACUAAUAGAUUUAUGUAAGGUUUUAAUUAGUGCAUUUUCCACGAUCUUAGUUUUCUUACAAGUGCAAUGAAUUUCUCAAAAAAAUUAGAGAGUUAAUGAGUUUAAGUUUAAAAUAAAAGAGUUAAUGGGUUUAAAUUUUUAUUUCGGUUAUAAAACCUGGUUUAAAGAUUGAAAGCUUGAGAAGUGAAUGCCACACGGCCCCCAAGACAAAAAGAAAGUGAAAUUGGCAUUGACUUUUAGAGAAGAUUAGGCAAUAUUAGGACUAUGGAGGUAGCAAUGACUGGCAAAUCAAAGAGCUUAUUUUUUCUUUCAGUUGCUUCCAGCCACAUAAGACAUUAGUGUAGUGUAGAUGCUUUCAUUUGAUAAUGUUUCUCAAAUUUUUCCAUCUCUCUCAACACACAAUGCAGAAUGUUGACUAAAUUGCUACAUUCUGUUUUUAAUUGUGUACUUUAUGGGUGGGAAUAUUUUACACAAUAACAAUACAACAAUUAAGCAGAAUUCUCACAACUCAUUUCCAAACAUUUCACUUGGCUAUAUCUUAUCCAUGAAUUUCUCUCUUUGCUGCAUUUUUAAUUAUAAACCCAUGCCAUCUCUUGUAUCCAUAGUCUCCAUCAUUUCUUCAUCUUGAUUUUCUUUAACACAGUCUUCACAUUCUUAUUGAUAUUGUCUAAGUUUAAGGUAGCUUGCACUUACCAGUAUAUAAACUUAAAUGUCCAGAUAUGGCCUCAUUUAAAUUCUGUGCAUUUUUAUUUGGACUGUAAUAACAAAUAAAAAUUGUUUUAUUUGCUAUCUUUGCAAACAUGUGGAUCACAAAGUUGAAUGAAUCUAUAAAACUCAUUUUGUCUUGAAUCCUCCUGAGUUUUGAGAACCAAACACUCAACGUCUCCCAUGGGGGAAGACUUGCUGGCUUUUCUGGCAUCUUUCCUUGGAAUAUAUUAACUUUCACUGCAGUGUCUUUUAGAACGGUCUCACUUCUGCCUCACCGAGCUCAUUUCAUUGGACUUUCCCAGUUAAUAAGAAGAUAAGAAGGCUAAUUCUUUGCAUCUUUCCUUCUUUACUAUCAAAUUGGAUUGAAAGAGAAGGCAGAUAACUUAGUGAUUUCACUCUAAACUAUGGCAAAUUAAUAUCCUCAUAACUACAGCAAAUAAAUUAUUUGCCUAGAGGACAAAGGAAAGUGAAGGAUGAAUUCUAUUGCAUGCACCAAAAGUAUGAGCUUUCACUUUAAGAACAGGGAUGGAUAGAUAUCAAUGGCACAUUGUCACCAAAGGAGUAGAUCAAAAUCUAGUAAAAGGAAAGGAAACAUGUCUCUCUAAUUGUCCAUCAUUCCUCAAUGUUUUGACAUUACUGUGACAACUAGAAAAAGAGUGUUAUAGCAUAGCACAUUAAGUAAUCUGAAUUUAUUUGCAGGUAAAGUGCUAUUACACUCUGGAGCUAGAUUCUUACUUCAAAGUAAAGUUGCUAUACUGAAGGGUGGGUGUACCAUCUGCCUUUUUGACUUCAUUAGACCCAUUCUACCUUUGUAUGCUUUAUAACUUAGCUCUUUUUCAGUAUAUUUGAAUGCCUGUAAACUUGACACCGGAAAACUUUAUUAGUAAUCCACUAUUUAUAGUAAUCUACUAUUUCUGCGAUGAACUAUCUAGACUAGGAAAUAGCAUAAUGUUGGCUAUUGGGGUCCCCAAAGGAUAUUUGAUCUUUUCUUGUUAAUUUGUAAACAACCUCUAAAAUUUAAAGUCUAAACAAUUUUAUAAGUCAAACUGUUAAAUUAUCUUAAGAAAGUUAGCUAUUAUUUUGAGUUUUUCACUUCUUAUAUUUUCAUUAUGUUAACUUCCCAAGAUAGCAAUAUUGUUCUAAAAUAAAUGAGAAUUAGAGGAUUGCAAAAAUAUUGAAGAACACAUUUGCUAAAUUUAUAGCAUUUAAAAAUGUUCUAAAAAUAUCUAUAUGAGCUCAUCAUUUAUUGUACAAGUAGUAUUUGUUUCUUUCUAAGCUUACAGACUAUGGGAUAGUAAGUAGCAUUAAGUUCACUAUCUGACUGAACGUUGUAUUUGUAAUUUCAAGUGACAGAGACUGUAGUUUUAUAAAUUGCAUUCUGUCUCUUACAAAAGUAUCUCUGUGUGUGAAGCAGCAUUUGCUGAAUUAGGCAGUGGGAGUGCCACUAUCAGUGGACAAGGGAAGGACAAAUGUUAUUUGUUUUGACUGAGAAAAGAGUAGAAGAACAGGAUGAUUUAGUGUAAACUUGGUUGUUGACUGAAUUCUGACUUGACCAUGGUUUGUUGUGUGAAUUGGAACUUCAUUUAUCUCAUGAUAAAAAUGGGAUAAUACUACCUAACUGGGAGAGGCCGUGAAAGUUUGAAAACAUAUUCAUAUGUACCCAAUUUAUAGUAUAGAUGUUCAAACAACUAACAGCCUCCAUAAAUGACCAUCAGUUCAUCGGGUUGGUUAUUAAAUUGAAUUCUUAAAUAGCUUUUUCCUUCAUGUUGUAAAUUCAUUUUUCAGCAGCUGAAUUGUCCAAUGGCUGUUUUUUUUUUUUUUUUUUUUUUUUUUAAGGAGUCAUUGCAACCAGAGAUUAUUAACAAGAGAUAAAUGUUAACUUCUUAAUUAACUCUGGGUUUUUAAAGUUGUGUUUCUGAAGGACAGUUAAUUAAAUAUCUAGGUGUAUGUGGCUGGAUUCUGACUCAUAUUCAUCCACAAUCCUACACAUUGCUGUCUUCAAAAUUAGGGAGGAGUGUCACCAAGCUACAGAGCUCUGCCUUUGUCAGAUAUACAUUGUGUUUCUGUGGCACCAGACUAAGAACGUUCCUUUAGAAUUACUCCUUCACCCCUCCCCCCCUUGUUUUUACUUGCCUAGGAGGAAAAGUUGCACAAUAUGGUGAAAAAGAAAUGUCUCUUUCAUGGAGAGGGAGGAGGAGGCAUCCCCUUUGCAAUCUCAGGCCAGUCAGCGGGUUUACUCCACUUGAGGGAAAAAAAUGAAACAAAUUUAUUGGAAGCAGAUGUUGACACUGUGUCGGUUAUUGAAGAUGGAAAGAGUUCACUCAACCGUUGUAGUUACAAAGGGGUAUUGAUGGCAGUCAGGGUUCCCGCGACGGCUCACCUUCCCAGCUCUGGGAGGACAACAGAAGCUGCGUGGAACCCCAAAUGAAGUCAGCCUGUGAUUUUAAUGUGCAAGAAAAUACAGGCUUAGCUGUUUUGGUGGGCUUCCUUCCCCUUUCCCUGAAAAAUGCAUAAUGUACCUCUUUCAGGUACUAUUAAGGCUAGAAAAACAAGGUAAAAUCAAAUAUCUUUAAAAUGCUACAGUUUGAGGAAUUGUUUAAAUCCACCAUUACAUCAUAAAUAUUUAUAUUAAAAUUAUUUCAUAAAAAUUAAGCUAAUAUUUGUGUACCAAAACAUAGCUGAACACACAUAUAUAAGCUGUCCAGGAAGGGUAGCUUUGGUGUUUGGGGAGUGACUGGAGCCAGCAAGGGAACCUCAGUUUCAAUAGCGUCACAAUGCUAACUGCCUUGGUCACAUGGGCAUGAGACAAGGUCACAGAUUAGACUUGUAGAAUAUUGCAUAGUGCUUUUUUUCUUUUUCUCUUUGUGCUUUCUGGGAUUUUUUUUUUAAACUGUAAAAUUAGUCAUUAUAGUUAAAUGUCUUACCUUUAAAAAUUUUAUUGUGAGCUUUUGUUUGCUUGAAACAUUUUGUGAUGUCACGUGGUGAUUAAUCACAGAAAUAUUCAUGGUCCAAAUAUUCAUUGGACCAUCUUAUAUUGAUCCAAUGACAUUUUCUAAAUCUCCCUUUUAUAUUGCAGGGAAUUCUAAUAGGUUUAAUUGUAAGUUAGCAAUUCUGUUGUGUUGUGUAAGUAAAGAGGGACAUCUGCUCUUCUAGAAAGGGGCACACCAUCACAAAUUAGUUUCUUUUUGGAAGAUUUUUGACUACUAAAUUUUAGUCUAAGAUUAGUUCUUUUCAAAUAUAAAAUUCUUAAUGAGGUUUUCGUUCUUUCUACCUAAGAUGUGAACUUUUCUCUUUAUAUUAAUAGAGGUAGACAUAAUUUUUUCCUUAUGCUCUGUGGCUAGAGCCAGUGACAAUGGUUUUAGGCACUUGGCUUAAUGUAUAAGAUAUGUAUACUUGUGAACAUCCUAUCUGAUUUACAAACACUAUUACACAUAGGUAUUUUUCAAGAUGUACAAUGUAAGGAAAAUCUUCAUGUGACUUCUUUGUAUCAUUUUAAAGUGCAUAUAUUUAAAGGGAAACAUGGACUCCUUUUGUUUUCAUUGUGUUCACCUAUGUAAGGUGAAAUGCUUUUGUAAAGAAAAAGAUAAACAGUAUGAUAAACUUUAUAUUUAUCACUCGGUAAGGUAAACUGAAAACUAAUAACAGAACUCAUAUCUUACAACGUUGACAUACAGUGAGAUUCCAGAUUUGUUAGUUCUCAGAGAAACCACACCACCUUUGAUUUUCCAGUGUCAGAAAAAGAAGCCAAGUAAUCUGGUUAUACUGUCAUUGUUAACUAAUGAAUAAUAGAUAAUUCUUAAAGCCUUUGAUUUAUAAUUGUUAGAUCCUAUGUUUUUUGUUGUUGGUGUUGUUGCUGUUCUUCAAAUGAAGGACUCCUAACUGUGUCACUGAUAUAAAAUCAUGGAAGACUUUGUAAGAAAACUGAUGUCAUUUUCUUUAAUUUGUUCAAUAAAUAAUUUAAUGUGACUUUAA